GGCUGACCGUUGUUGAAGUCUCCCGGACCACCAACUCAACGUUUCUCUCCGCAUCGUCUUGACCUCUAUUUUCCUCUCUGAGUCUUUCUUCUCCACGUCAAACUUCGACUAAUUGCACAAAUCACACUCGAUACACGCAGCAAUCAUGGGAGACGUCGCUGUGGAAAGCCAGGCCACCACGGUGCCACCUCACAAGAAGGCCGCCCCUUCAGCGAUUCCCAACAUUGACGACUUCGAGGGCUUACCGACCGACGGGGAGGAUGACUAUGCGACCUUGAAGAAGCUUCAGAGACAGUUGGAAUACAUCCAGCUGCAGGAGGAAUACAUCAAAGAUGAACAAAGGAGUCUGAAACGAGAGCUAGUGCGAGCUCAAGAAGAGAUCAAGCGGAUUCAGAGUGUGCCCCUCGUCAUUGGCCAGUUUAUGGAGGCUAUCGACCAAAAUACCGGCAUCGUCCAGUCAAGCACAGGCUCCAACUACGUCGUCCGCAUUCUAUCCACUCUCGACCGCGAACUGCUCAAGCCCUCCUCCUCAGUCGCGCUGCACAGACACUCCAAUGCUCUUGUCGACAUCUUGCCCCCGGAAGCCGACUCCUCCAUUGCCAUGCUUGGCGCCGAUGAGAAGCCCGAUGUGACAUAUGCCGAUGUUGGUGGGUUGGACAUGCAGAAGCAGGAGAUCCGAGAAGCCGUCGAGCUGCCUCUGACGCACUUUGACCUCUACAAGCAAAUCGGUAUCGACCCCCCUCGUGGUGUCCUGCUAUACGGCCCACCUGGUACCGGAAAGACCAUGCUUGUCAAGGCCGUCGCCAACUCCACCACUGCCAGCUUCAUCCGUGUUGUCGGCUCUGAAUUUGUUCAGAAAUACCUAGGAGAAGGCCCCCGAAUGGUUCGCGACGUCUUCCGCAUGGCACGCGAGAACUCACCGGCCAUCAUCUUCAUUGACGAAAUCGAUGCCAUUGCCACAAAGCGAUUCGACGCCCAGACCGGUGCCGAUCGUGAAGUCCAGCGUAUCCUGCUCGAGCUGCUCAACCAGAUGGACGGUUUCGACCAGACCUCCAACGUCAAGGUCAUCAUGGCCACAAACCGUGCCGACACCUUGGAUCCUGCCCUGCUGCGUCCCGGCCGUCUCGACCGAAAGAUUGAGUUCCCCUCUCUGCGGGAUCGUCGCGAGCGCCGCCUCAUCUUCAGCACCAUUGCUGGCAAGAUGAGCCUGGCCCCCGAGGUAGAUCUAGACAGCUUGAUUGUACGAAACGACCCGCUCUCCGGUGCCGUCAUUGCCGCCAUCAUGCAGGAGGCCGGUCUCCGGGCCGUCCGCAAGAAUCGAUACAACAUCAUCCAGACCGAUCUCGAAGAUGCUUAUUCAAGCCAGGUAAAGGGAACGAGCGACGAUAACAAAUUCGACUUUUACAAAUAAACACAAAAAAUUCACAUUGUAUCUAUCUCAUGGGCUGCCAUCAGAACAAUCAAGGAAGGGAAUGAUGGAGGGGACAAGGGAGUUGAGAGCAACUUGGUGAUUAUAGGAUGAAAGGGAAAAAGGAAGAAAAAAAAGGAUAGCUGUCGGUGUCGUCUUUAAUACAUGAAACCUACGGCGUUGGAAU